UGGAAGUGCAAUGAAAGGAAAGAGAGAGAGAGAAGAGAGAGCCAGCAUUUCAUAAACCACUCACUCCAAUUACUCUCUUUCUUCUUCUUCUUCAUCUUGGACUUGCUCUUAACUUUCCUCUUCAGCCGCCUCAUCCUUCAACCUUCUUCUUGGUCCUUACUCUAACCCUAUUCUACUCCUAUUUCUUUUUCUCUCUCUUUCCUUUUAAGUUCCUUCAAAAAUCUCACUGCACUUCUCAAGGCUUCUCCACUCUCAUCCGAUUGAGACCCUUCCUUUUUGGACUUUCUACACGUUGCACAUCAAUACACGAAUCUCCCAAUUUUCCACACCUCUCCUACUCUUUUUCCUUAUACUCACCACUUCAAAACAUCAAAUUUUCUUCUCUUUCAAGAUCCUUAGAUUUCCCAGAAUCGAUCCUAUUCAAUUAAUACCAUUUACACACUCGUUACCUAUUCUUCAAAGUUUUUUAUGGAACUUUGAGAUUCCCGGUUCUUCUCUUUUUUAAUUGCGGGUAGGUGGGAACUCAUGCACAAGGUAAGUUGCCACAGUUUUUCCAUUCUAGAUUCUCAGAUACAUUUUGCAGACACGUACCAUUCAAAUACAACCCCUCAAAUCUCAAACCCCCCCCACACUUUUCAAUCGUACGUCCCCAUAUUAACUGCAUGCUCCUCCAAGCCGCCACCAACUACUACUACUAUAGUUUCUAGAAUAUAAAUACAAAACAACACAUCUCAAAAACACACACAUACUCCAAAGUCAAAAGGGUCGAGAAAAAUAUACAAGAGAUGGAGCAAGGAGGUGGAGAAGGAGGUGACAUGAAUAAACUACCUCAGGAUUCGAGUAUGAAGGAGAUGCAACAAGGGGAUGCACAGCCUCAGGUUCAGGCCCCUCAACAACCCCAAAAGUGUCCUCGAUGCGACUCUCUCAACACCAAAUUUUGCUAUUACAACAACUAUAGCUUGUCACAGCCUCGUUACUUCUGCAAAACAUGCAGGAGGUACUGGACUCAAGGUGGAACCUUAAGGAACGUUCCCGUCGGUGGUGGUUGCCGCAAGGGGAAGCGCGCCAAGAGUUCCAAUCCAUCAUCGUCGGAGAAUUCCUCUUCUCGGUCGCUGCCGCAACAACAACAAUCACAAGACGUGGUGGUUCAAACCCAACCACCACCUUUAACAACGGUGGUGAGGGCUAAAGACCCUUCUUCGGUUUUGGCUUCACCUUUGUACCAAAGUGGUGGGUACUUGUCUUCUCUGGCUGCUAUGCAUUCGCUCAAUCCAUCAUCACAUCCUUUUGAUCAGUCUCUGAACAGUGACGCCUUGCGUUCUUCCAAUUUGGGCCUUCUAUCUGGUUUCAAUGUUCAGCGGCCAAUUGGAUCGAUUGGUACAAUUCGUCCGGCGCAAUUGUAUCAAAUGGGCAGUGGUCAGAGGGAGGUGGCGUCUCUCUAUGAUCAAGGUUUGGUUAAUCCAUCCUCCAGCAUGGCUAAUACCAAUACCAAUAGCAGUGGUGUUUCUCACCAUGAUUGGCCUCAGAUCUUCAUCAGUAAUAAUACUAAUGCCGGCAACAGAGCCUCUGAUGCGUCUUUGUGGAGCACCAUCAGUACCACUAUUGGUGGUAACUCCGAGAGGACUGGUGCUGGUGCUGGUACUGUUUCUGGGUCGUCUUUGGUUCAAAAUCAAUGGCCUGAUAUUCCAGGGUAUGGCCCUCCACCGUGAUUUCAUUCGCCUGUUUCACCUUGAAAUCCUGAAAGCUAAGGCACGGUUCUGAGCAAUUGAUUUGUCUUUUCAUCAGCUUCAUCUGUUUGAUGACUUUUUUUAGGUAUAUGAUCUUGUAGCAUAGGUUCAUAGCAGGUGAAUUGGUCUUAGUUGAUUGUGCAAACAUUGGACUCUAGAGAAUUUUGUGCUGUUGGUGUAGUUGCUGUAAUCGGUGAUCAACCGUAACAUUUUAUUUCUUCCUUUGUCAUAGAUAGUUGAAUAGAGAAUUUCUGGGUUGGGUCAGGUUGUUUCGGAACUUUUACAUAUAAUAUAUUUCUAAUUACACACAGUUA